CAGGAGCGUCAAAACAUUUAAAGCAAGACCGAAAGGAAAACGCCAGCGCGCUCAGAAUGAAGACUUGAAUCUCGAGAGAAUUUUAUUUUUGUUUGUUUGUGUUUUUCAUGUAAGGACUAUUUCAGGAAUCUGCAAGUAUUAAAAAACCAGGAAAGAAAAGAAAGUGCCGUCCGGCGUCGCUCUCCGUGUGUGUCAGCGCGCUGAGGUAUCCUGGAUGAGCGCAAAGUGUCAGCUUCAGCACCCGAGGAGAGGACAGCUCCGCUCUGUCUGCUCCUUUUUGGACCUCCAGUCCAAAAACUCUCCUUCGGCUUCUGAUGUCCACACUUGGAGUUUGACGCUGUGCGCCCCAUACAAGCCGGGAAGAAGUGUAAAAGGAAGAUCCAGUGACGGAGAGAGCCGCGACCGACUGUGUGCUCAAUAUGUACCAGGGGCAUUUACAGGGGAAAGACUCUAGGGCUGCAGAUAAGACUGUUGCCAUGGUCCUGAAGGAGAUACCAAGUAAGGCGUCAUCAGAAGGGAAGCCCCUCCUCACAGUGACUACAAAGCUGGUGAGCGAGCAACAAGAGAGCCGCCCGCUUCUAAGCCCUUCUAUCGACGAUUUCCUCUGCGAGACCAAGUGCGAUGGGGUUUCCCGCCCAGUUACUUCCAACACAGCCGUUCUCUCUUCAACUCUGGACCUGCUAGAUCUCAGCGAACCUGGAGAGAGGAGGAACAGCAGGGACAGAAAGAGUGCCCUGUUAUCCCAGGGAGACAGCCAGAAGAACACCUCACACAGGAAAAAGACAGAUGAGACGGAGCUGAUCCAGGUGGAAGUUGAACAUACGGCACCAAGCAUGCGAACCCCAGAGAGGGCAUCACUGGACUCAGUUACAAUUGGCUCACUGGAUAAAUGGGAAGAAUUGAAUCCCAACCCUGAAAGAAAUGGCAACAGAAAAUGGAAGCUGGAGAGACGACGUUCUUCUAAAAAUUCAUCUAAUGAGUUUCUGUGGUCCAUAGAUUGUAAACCACAGAUAGACUCGUCAAAUAAGAAUACCCUGGAAGCAAACACCAAACUGGAACCAGAGUCUGCACUGGCAUCACAACUCAACAGGCAGUAUAUUAGUGGAAGACAUGCUCGCUUAACAAAGGAGCAGCGGUGGGGGAGCGCGCUGCUGUCCAGACAUCAGUCCCUGGAGGAGGAGUUUGAGCGGGCCAAGGCUGCUGUUGAGUCAGAUACCGAGUUCUGGGAUAAGAUGCAGGCAGAGUGGGAAGAGCUGGCUCGGCGAAACUGGCUGACGGAAAACGAGCAGGCACAGAUUCCCUCCACUGUGUCUCCGUACGAGAAGGGUUACUACUUCCACACAGAUAAUCCUUAUAAGGACUUGCCUAAUGCAUUCGAAGAGGGACUGAAGAAAUCCCGAGAGGGAGACUUGCCAAACGCUGUGCUUUUGCUUGAAGCAGCUGUCCUACAGGACCCUCACGAUUCAGAGGCCUGGCAAGUCCUGGGGACCACCCAGGCUGAAAAUGAGAACGAGCAGGCAGCGAUUGUCUCCCUCCAGAGGUGUUUGGAGCUCCACCCAAACAACCUUAUAGCCCUCUUGGCUCUGGCAGUGAGCCUGACCAACACUGGUAUGCGCCAUGAUGCCUGUGAGGCCCUCCUCCGCUGGCUGAGACACAAUCCCAAGUACAAGCAUCUUGUCAAAGGCAAGACUCAUCUAACGGGAUCUCCAAACUCCCAGCGCAGGAUGUCUCAUGCUCCCAACCUGGGCAGACAUGAAAGCUCCCUGCUACCAGAGGUCAAGGAGCUCUACCUGGAAGCAGUUCAGCAGAACUCUGACAGCAUCGACCCAGAUUUGCAGACGGGCCUCGGGGUGCUUUACAACCUCAGCGGAGAGUUUAACAAAGCCGUGGAGGCCUUCAACACGGCUUUGUCAGUGCGGCCCGAGGACUACUUGUUGUGGAACCGCCUCGGGGCCACGCUGGCGAAUGGAGAUCGAAGCGAGGAGGCGGUGGAGGCUUACACAAGAGCCCUGGAGCUGCAGCCGGGGUUUAUCCGGUCCCGCUACAACCUGGGCAUCAGCUGUAUUAACCUGGGGGCACACAGAGAGGCGGCCAGCAACUUCCUGACUGCCUUAAGCCUUCAGAGGAAAAGCCGGAGUCGCCAGCAGUCCCACCAGGUGAUGUCUGGAAACAUCUGGGCGGCUUUGAGGAUAGCUUUAUCCAUGAUGGACCAGCCUGAACUCUUCCAGGCUGCAAAUAUCGGCGACUUGGAUCAUCUCAUGCGGGCCUUCAACUUAGACAUUUGACGACCAGGAGGCAGUAAUGCUAACAUCUGCCCCCUCUUCACUUACUAUCUGAUUUCUACCCAACAGCCAAAAGUCCAAAGUGCACAGUCAGAAUGGACUGAUGGACGUCAGAGACAACAGUGUAUUUUUAUGCACGUCCAAAUUAACUACAGUCGUCAAAGCUAUUAUAUUUUUCACCCAAGUACCUCGGAGCAGUUCUGGGGACAGGUUCUUCCAAGGGUUUGAAGGGACUGCUCUGUGUUGGAUUUGCACUGUAAUUUGUGAUUUCCCUGAAGAGCACAAGGACGGGCAAAGAUUGUACGAGCAAUGCCUUAGAGGACACAUCAAUUAAAAACUGACUCAUCCAGCGGAACAGAGCCGGCAGAGACGGACGGUUGUACGAGCCUGAUAGAGCAGACCUCACAGGCCGUUUUCAAAGAAAAGAGAGGAAAAAACAUUUGACUCCUGAAGGAUGGAUUUAGUGAGCAAAUGACAAAGACUGCAGCGUAUAACCUGGAACUCCAGGCUCUGUUCCUGGCUUAUUUUCAUCCUUUCAAUGGGAAAAUAAUGAUACUGCACGAAUAAGCAUUUUCAUAACUGGAUUCUUGUUUCAAAUUAACAUACUUUUAGAGGUUUUCCCUUUGCACAUCAGAUAAACAGAUAUAACUUCCUCAGUCCGAGUGGAAUGUGCAAGCCUUACUCAAAAGCAUGCGACCAACAAUAUUUAUUUAUACUAUUUUUAUGAAAACAGAAAAAACCCACACUAAGCCAUUUUCAGACUAGUUUCAUUUUCUUAAAUAACUGCUGUCUUUUGAACUUGAAAGCUUUCUGAGCCACUAAUUUUUGUUUCGCUCGGUUUUUCUCUCCUUUCUUUUGGCUCCUAGCUCCUCUUUGUUCCCUUUAAGCUGACUGCAGAAACACAGAAAAGCUGGGCAACAGCAAUCUAUAAAACCUUCAUUAGUCUUUUCAAACUUUAGCAUAUGAAAACGUUAUUCUUAACAAGUCUAAAAAUAUCUCUUUUUAUCUUCUUCUGCUAGUUCUGGGAUGGCUUCAGAGUUACUAAUGACUACUGUACACAUUAUUCAGUCCUUUUUUAUUUUUGCUGACCUGACUCAGUUUGUUUUCUGUUGUCAGUAUCUGCUGACGCCGUCACUGGUGUCUUUGCUGCUCCUCCAAAGACAGCAAGGCUCAUGCAUUUAAUAGUCAUAAUGCAUGAUUUGAAUAUUUACGUAAGCUUGGGCAGAAUGCUGCACAUGUAUGAUGAACGCUGUUCGUUUCACCACACACUUCAAAUCACAUCAGGUUGAUGUUCAAACUCGAGAUGGUUAUGCAUCUGCAGAAAACAUGAUUGUGUAAAUACAGUGACUCUCCUGCUGCAGGACGAAAGCUUUUCCUUAGACAUACUUUUUAGCUGACAGCUUCACUUGCAUCACUGCUGCUAGUUUGAAAGUCACUCUCUGAAGUGAAUACCCUGUACCUCGCUGUGCAACAGAGUAAAUGAUAGAUAAUCUUCUGUACUGCAUAGCUCAGCACAUUCGGGUGUUUAUCAGGCGUGUCCACGGUCUGAGGGUUUUUAUUGUAGCUCCUAUGCAAAAGGUCAUGUUUUAUGUUGCCAUUCUGAAUUGUUGCGGGUCCCCGUCUGCCUCGGCAGACCGAAAGGAAGCGUCGUUUCGGUGUUUGGAAAGAACACUAUCAGGCAGAACCAGAGACCAGUGUGAGAGCCAUUCAUCUUCCAAACUGUACAGCCGGGGUGUCACGGUCUGUACAAGAAGAAGUGUUUCAUCGGGAAGUUGCCAGAAUGAAAACAAGUGUUCUCCCAGGGAGAAAGUGGUCAGAAGCUCUGACUAAAAGAAAGACUGAUCGACACAAAGAGUGCAGCCUUCUGCUUUUAGAAUCAGGUUGCACGGACAUGGCGUCUUUGACCUUAGUUGCAUCCAUCAAAUUCACCGCCACUGAUGAAAAAAGAUCAGCUGCUCUACUUGCCAGAUACUUAAAAAAAUAUUGGCACAGACUCUAUUUAUCACACAACCAGGAUAAAUAGAUCAAACAUUAGACGAGAAGUCAGAGAUACACAGCACAUAUGUGCAUGCCUCUAACAGUCGGCCUCAGAGGGGAGCUAACAGCGACUUUGGCAACGAGGCCAAAGCAGGGGUGCAUGCACAAAUGUUUUCACGGUGGGAGACUGGACGAUGAUAAAAGGUAUCCUUCGCUGGAACAAAUCAGGUUUACAUCCAGGAGUUCAUGUUUGAUUUCUGUUUGAUUAGCAUUAAAUUACUGUGGAAGUCAAAUUUAAGCAUACUUGUAGCUCCAUACAUGCCAGCGAGGGUCUGUCUGCCAGUUUGGCCCAGACUGAAAGGGGUGGCGUGAAAUUUGCUUCCAGCACGUCUCCCAAAAACAAAAGUGUCACUCGGCCGGCAGAAUGGGUUUAGCCCAAAUAACUGUAAAGUUUGCGACGGCGCCAUGAACCUGCAUCGAGCUACCUUUAGAGCCAUUUGGCUGUCAGCGUUUUAAUAUAAUAAAGCUUGUGGUUAAAUUCGAUAUGGAAGCUCUGCAAUCCCUCACCUGCCUGCUUUCUUGUUCAGCCGCUGUUCUGUUCUUUAGAUCAUUGCCACACUUUCACACCCAGUCAUAAUACUCUCGUUCAAUCACCUUCUUGCCUGCCUUCUUUGAGCCAAUUAGCUUCCACUCUGGUUUAAAUCUGUGCUCUUCAUUGCUCUCCCUUUCAGACUGUCAUUUGCACAACCCACCUCGUCCCCAUCUCUAUUUUCAUGUUCACCACCACCAGCGUCUAGACUCCAGGGGGUCCUGUCCUAAAUCCUAUUCCUGCUGGGACAGGUAAGAUGGGUCACCAGAGUCUGAUCGCCAAAUACAUUCAUUUCUUUGUCUCAACAAAUCAUGUUCAGUUCUUGAUCUCUCCUUAUUGAACACAGGAGAUAUUAUCAGUAUGUUAGCAUUGUCAGAGUGAGUGCUGCAUUUCGCUCAAAGCUCCACUUUUAGGCUCACAGAGCAGCUAGCGUGGUAGUCCAGUGCACGACGAUCCCCCUCCAGUUUUCUUUGCUAAAGCGUUAACUCAACCCUGUAGGAGGUCCCUAUCAGCGAGAGGUUCUGCAGGCCAGGAGCUGUUCCACAUUUUUCCUGGCAUGCCUGUCCUCCCAGGUGCUCCCAGGUGUUUUACAAAAUCAACUCUAGUUGUCUUAUGAGGUCGCAGGCCCUCGCUCUUUUCCAUUUCGUUACAGGUUACCACAGGUUCAUGUUUUUUAAAGAAAUCUUACAUUGCUGGGCCACAACCUUCUUCUGCCGUCCACAUCAUUCCAUAGUGCAUUGAGAUAGGAUGCAGUUUUCUUUAUUUUGCUGAACCUACUACUGUACCUUCUCAGGUGAACUGACCUAGCCUAACGCAUGCACCUGUGCAACAAACUGAGGCUGUUUGCAUGUUAGAUCCUUUACAUUUCUACUUUUUUAAUGACGUUUUCAUUCGUAUGCAUGACAUACAUGGAAGUGCUUUCUCUUUCGACCCCAAGAAAAGUAAAUAUAUCAUGAGGUUUCCUUGCAAUAUCGCUAUAAUGCACUUUUAAGUUCGCAAACUUUGACAAAACAUGAUGUAUAUAAACAGUAUGUAUUCUACACAAGAUGCUUUUUCUUGCAUGGAAGUGUGAGAGGCUCAAAAUAACGAGUCUAAGGCACAGCACACUGCAAACACACUUCAGCUUGAAUACUGGCUAAUGAACUGGAUAAUCAUAGUUAUGCACAAAUGUUAUAUUUAUUACUUCUACAAAUUACAAACACGUUUGUAACCACUGCAAUGACCCCAACCUAUAAAGCUGUCUAGCUGUUAUUGCACAACUCUUUAGUGCUGAAAAGUUUUUAUGUAGACUUUCACAACCUGCUGUGACCCUUUAACAGCUGUUUUUAUAAGGUUUUAAUGUUUGCAAGAAUCACUUCAUUAGUUCUGUUUACACUUAAGAAAGAGGGAGAGUAAAAGUGGACAGUCAUACAACAGUUCAAAUUCACAACUUUUACACAGACUUGCUCACCGUGUCUUCUAUUGUGGAGACCUAAAGUGUUCAAAGGUGAGAGUUACGCAGUUUUAUGGAGUGAAAACAGACCAAAUACAAUCGCUCACUGACUGCUGUGUUAGGUACACCUGUUUAGCUGCAUAGAUGCAGAUCGUGUGGCAGUCACGCAGUGCAGAUGUGAUUCUGAAUGUGGUUGUUGGUACCAGAAGGACUAGCGUGACUACUUUAGAGACUGUUGACUUCUGGAUCUCUAUAGUUUACACAGAGUAGUCUGAAACCAGGAGCAGCAGAUGUAGAAGAGCAUCUGUGAACAUGUAACCACUGCUGUCAGCUAAGAACAGGAAACGGAUCACACGGACCAUCAAAACUGAAGAUUCGAAACACGUCUGGUCUGAUGCUCCUUGGCUUCUCCUGACAUUCGGAUGGCUCGGUCAGAAUUUGGCAUAAGCAUGAAAACAUGGCUGCCUGUGUCAGUGGGUCAUUUUGGUCUCCUUGGUAUGAAAAUGAGCAUCAUUUAAACACAGCAGCCUACCUGAUAAUGACCACGCUGAUAAAUGUUUCCAUUCAGCUUCUUGGAUAAAAUAAGAUUUAAUUACAUAUUGAAUUUAUUAAAAAUGUGUGCAGGGGUACUAGCAAGGUGUACCUAAUGAACUGUCCAGUUAACGAUCCUAAUGAGGCAAUCACAUCUUUGGCUCCGGCAUGUUUCUAUUAACUGAAAAAACGAAUAAAUACCCAGACACACAAAUAAUUCUUCGUUCUAAUGAAACAAUGAUACUGAAAAAAAAAAGGUCAAAACAGAAUAAAAAGACUCCAAAGGAGGGGCAUUAUUCUUCAUUUCACUGGAAUAACUUUGUUUUUGUGUAUCAAUAAGACACUUUUUAUUUGGCUUUGUCCACUUUUAUUAUCUCUAAAAGAUUUGUGCUUUUAAAAUGUGGGAAUUGGUGCUUAGGGUACAGAAAAUCCAUAAAGCAUCCGUGAUGGCUUCACUGGUUGGGCUCAUUGAGGUUGCUGUUGCAUAUGUACUUCCUCCACUGCUCCGGUUCA